AUGGAGGAUUGUAGAGAGGGUUGUAGAGAGGAUUGUAGAAAGGAUUGUAGAAAGGAUUGUAGAAAGGAUUGUAGAGAGGAUUGUAGAGAGGAUUGUAGAAAGGAUUGUAGAGAUGAUUGUAGAAAGGAUUAUAGAAAGGAUUCUAGAGAGGAUUGUAGAAAGGAUUGUAGAGAUGAUUGUAGAAAGGAUUGUAGAGAGGAUUGUAGAAAGGAUUAUAGAAAGGAUUGUAGAGAGGAUUGUAGAGAGGAUUGUAGAGAGGAUUGUAGAAAGGAUUGCAGAAAGGAUUGUAGAGAGGAUUGUAGAAAGGAUUGUAGAAAAGAUUAUAGAAAGGAUUGUAGAGAUGAUUGUAGAAACGAUUGUAGAGAGGAUUGUAGAAAGGAUUGUAGAAAAGAUUGUAGAAAGGAUUGUAGAAAGGAUUGUUGA